AUGGGCAAGUACUACUGUGACUACUGCGACGUCUUCCUCACGCACGACAGUGCAUCAGUACGGCGAGCACACAACGCCGGCCGAAAUCACCUCUCGAACGUCCGCGACUACUAUGCCAACCUUGGCAGCGAACGGGCACAGGAGCUGAUUGACCAGAUUUGCAAGGCGUACGAGCAUGGAGGCGGACAAGCGCGUAUUCUGCAGUUGGGACCGGGCGGAAUGCCCUUGUCGAUGGGAGCGAACUUGACCUUCGUGCCUCAAGGCGCUGCUCCUCCUCCAAUGCGCUUCGCCGGUCCUCCCAUGGGCGGUCUUCCCGGAUCUCCCGCACCCGGGAUGGGUCCUCCCGGCGGACCUCCCAUGGGCACGCCCGGCAGCGGACCCCCGAUGCGCUUCGGUUCCGGUCCCAUGCCUCCUCAACCCGACUUUGGCGGUCCUCCUGGUCCUCCCGGCGGUCCUGGAAUGGGUCCUCCUGGAUUCGGCGCAGGCGGUCCUCCCAUGCCUCCGCCCGGCUUCCGCCCUCCACCCGGCAUGGGCGCCCCUCCUCCCGGCUUCUUCCCUCCAGGCGGCGGUCCUCCCGGUCCAGGCGGCCCUCCUCCUCCAGGAGCUGGCGUCGUAGCGAGCGGUGCACCGACUGGUCCGCCCGGCGGAGGAGCAGGAGGUGGAGGAGGCAAGCUCAUCAAUGGGUUGAACCCGGAGCGGGCAAAGAUGCUUGGGUUGAUCUGA